AUGGACCGAUUCCAACGGCUUUACGACCGGUUCCAGAACCUAGCCUUCAACAGGGCCGUAAACGACACCAGGAAGGAGGCGAUGGCGAUCGGCGUCGCCCUGGAUCACAUUUCGCUGCAUAUGCGGCUACUGAACGCAUCGAUGCUCCCGACCACGCAUCCGGAGUACAUCGGGCGUCGGAUCCAAGACCCGGACCCGUCAUCGCAGGGCUCCGGCGCCACCGGGUCGGAUCGACCCGUGCUCACCAUCAGGGUGCCAGCCCUUUCGGAUCGAACUAAGGAACCGCCGAAGCUUCAUGCGCCCCCCUGCGAUCGGUGCGCGACCGGGAACCACGAAUGCGUCAUGCAGGAGGCGCCGGGCUCGGCCUGCCUUCGCUGCUACUCGAAGAGGCUCGGAUGCAGUAAGGGACAUGGCAGGUCCGGUCAGACGAACAGAGGAAAGGCGAAGAAGCCGGCCACGUCGAAAAGCGCAAAGCCGGCCCAAUCGUCCAAUCGCGAUCCGUCGGCAGGCCGAUCCGCGGACAGGUCAGUCGUCGAGACGCAAGCCCGCCCACCCCAAGCGCAAAACCCAUACAGCUCCGCUGCUGCACGGAUCCGCGGCUUGCAACGGCCGGCGCACGAGUGGAGGGACGCCGUCCGCGAGGACUGGUUCACUCGCGACGAAUUUAUGAUCGCGGUCGUGGCGGUCGCGUUGCAAAACGUUCGGAUGAAGAGCCAGAUGGGCCGGAUCCAAGUCCAGGAGGAGGUGGAAGCGGCCGAGCGCUCUGCAACACUCAUCCCUCUAACCGUCGAUAUGCCCUCGCACCGAACGCAAAGCUACGUCGGCGAUGAAAUGUGCAUCGGAUGCCGCACGCACGGCGAGGAGGCGUGCCUCCGAUCGACCGUCGAUCCCGAUGCGAAACGGCCAUGCGAGGCUUGCCAAAGACGCCGGCUGACGUGCGCGAAGGACGUGCACGCCCCGGAGGUCCCUCCGGGACCGAGCGGAUCGCUUCCGACGACGGCCGAAGAAUGGGCCGGAUUUAUGGUGGAGGAGGUCGGGCGCUGGGAGGAGAGAAUCGCUGAGGUGGAGGAUACGUUGGAGGACGCCAUUCAGAAGUCCCAUCGCGCGAUGGAGAAGACCAUCGCAUCCUCGGUGGAGGCCAUGUGCAGGGACACCGCGGCCGCUCAGAAGAGGGUCAAGAAGUACGCGCUAUCCAGCGCGUCGGAUCUCAAGGAGAUGAAGGACGCCGUCGAAAAGCUCACCUCGAGCGACGCCAGCGCCAAGGUCACCACGACAAAGGCCCUCGGGAUGCUGCACGCGCUCCACGGCACCGUCUCCAACGACGUCGUCCCGCUCGUCAAUAGGCAAACGGAGACCAUCAACCGGUUGGCCGCAGAGCUGGACAAGGCUACCGCCGCGAACGCCGAUCAAGAUGCGAAGUUCCGGUGGAUCGUCGACAAGCUCGCUACGGUCGCGUCGAGGAUGAACAUCGACAUCGGCCGUCCUCCGGAGCCUCUGUUCCUACCCGGGGACUCCACCCCCUCGCCUCCGCACCCGCCCGCGCUGCCCACCGCCCCCAUCGGUCGUCUGACGAUCGGAAGCCCUCUUUUCGGGUCCGCGGACGAGCGCGACGAGCUCAUGGCGGACGAUUAG